ACCCGGGAGGAUGAGCGAGGACCUGCACCCGGGCGUGGCCGCGCUGGCGGCGCUCCUGGCCGGCGUCGCGCUGCUCCUGGUCCUGAGGCGCAGAGGCUCGCGCCGGCCCCCGUGCACCGCGGGCUGGAUCCCCUGGGUGGGCGCGGGGCUGCGGUUCGGGAAGGCCCCGCUGGAGUUCAUCGAGCAGGCUCGGGCCCAGUAUGGACCAGUAUUUACAAUCUUUGCCAUGGGAAAACGAAUGACCUUUGUUACUGAAGAAGAGGGAAUCAAUGUGUUUCUGAAAUCCAAAGAAGUUAAUUUUGAACUAGCAGUACAAAACCCUGUCUACCACACAGCAUCCAUUCCAAAGAAUGUCUUUCUAACACUGCAUGAAAAACUCUAUAUUACAAUGAAAGGGAAAAUGGGGGCUUUCAACGUGUAUCGGUUUGCAGAGCAACUGAAUGAAGAAUUCCACGAACGAUUAGAAGAUUUAGGCCCUCAUGGGACAAUGGACCUGAUCAGUUUAGUAAGGCAUCUUCUUUAUCCGGUCACAGUGAAUGUACUUUUUAAGAAAGCCUUGUUUCUUUCAUACAAGAAGAAAACUGAAGACUUCUGCCAACAUUUUCAAAUUUAUGAUGAGGGUUUUGAGUGUGGAUCCCAGAUGCCAGAGUGGCUACUGAGAAACUGGUCAAAAUCCAAGAGGUGGCUCCUAGCGCUAUUUGAGGAAAGCAUUCCAGAUAUAAAAGCCUACAAACCCGAAAGGGCUGAUUCUAUGACCUUAAUGCAGGCUGUGCUGGAUGUGGUCGAAGGGGUCGCAGCGGGGCACAGCGCGAGCUGUGCGCUCCUCAUGCUGUGGGCCUCUCUGUCGAAUGCCGUUCCUGUUACCUUUUGGACACUUGCAUUCAUCCUGUCCCACGCCGACAUCCAUAAGACCAUCGUGGAAGGGAUUUCUUCUGUGCUGGGAGGAGCAGGUAAAGAGAAGAUCAGAGUGACACAGGAUACCUUGAAGAAACUCUCACUAAUUAAAUGGUGUAUUUUGGAAGCCAUUCGUUUAAGAGCCCCAGGUGUCAUAACUAGGAAAGUAGUGAAGCCGGUGAAAAUUUUGAAUUACACAGUUCCAUCUGGCGACUUGUUGAUGCUGUCUCCAUUUUGGUUGCAUAGAAACCCACAGUACUUCCCUGAUCCUGAGUCAUUCAAGCCUGAACGUUGGAAAGAGGCAGAUUUAGAGAAGCACGCGUUCUUGGAGCACUACAUGGCAUUUGGAGGCGGGAAGUUCCAGUGUCCUGGAAGGUGGUUUGCUCUGUUAGAGAUUCAGAUCUGUAUUAUUUUAAUACUUUAUAAAUAUGAUUGCAGUCUUCUGGACCCAUUUCCAAUGCAGAGGUUUUACUGGGAGCAGAAAAUAGAGACAUGUGCACACCCUUACCUGGAGGCACACCCAGGCAGAGGGGAGAGGUCAAGGUGAGAGGAGGCAGGCACUUGUGGCAGUAUCGGCAUGGGGUACAGUGUCCAGAGAUGCGAUUCAACACCUUGUGCAAUCGCCUGAAGGGCAGAGACAGGAUUGCAGAUCGCUUUCAGUGGCCUCUGAUGAGCAGUGACCCACUGGGCACAGGCAUGGGAUGCGAGCUUUCCAGCCACUGUGCAUGGGAACCACGCUGGCUGUCAGUAUCAGAAGCUCCAAAGUGGUCAUCGCAGGAGACCCUGAGCCUCCUUGACAGUGCUGGACUCUACAGAGAGGUUGGAUGGGGCAGUGUGACUAGGGGACCCCAGGAACUCCUUUUUUGGCACUGAAGUUUGUCCUCCAUCUCCUUGGAGCAGACCCGAGCUCUCUCUCAAGUGAUGGCCCACGCUGCCCUCAUACCUGUUUUAGCUUUGGCCUGAAGGCUUUGCCGUGCCCAGGGAACACAGCUUUGCAUGCUGUGAUGGUGACCUCUUGUAACAAGUGGCCCCUGUUCUGCCCACCGUGCAAGAUGGGUGCCAGUGGUGACCAGCUGAGCUCUACCCACUUGUCCCUGUGUGAUACUUUCGUGUGGCUAUAAACACAUGCUCAUGGGCUGUGGCACUUUGCACUUCUGAGCUCAGUUCCAGAAUAGCAAGUUAGGUCAAUUACAACACGCAGAACUUGAGUUGUGAUCAUGUUUUAUUCCCUUGGAACAGCUCAAAUCAUGCAAAGAGGAUACAAAGACUCCUUGAGGAGCCCAGAAGCAACAGUGCAAACGUCUUGGGGCUCCCUGCCUUCCUGGAGAGCCACAGACUGUCUCAAGUCCAUGCUUUCUCUGGCUCAUUCUUUGACCUACUGGAUUAUAGUUGGCAUAGUUUAUGUGGCCCCUUUCUAAGGCACACACUCCCAGCUCUUGGUACUGUCCUCCUGGUAGUUAAAACAGUCUCCUGCAUGUAUAGAUUCACUAAAGCUUUUUAAAAGUUUAUACCCAGCUUUCUGUACCCCGCCCCCCAAGCAGUCUCUCCUUGGCCAGCAUGACCGAACUCAUAGAAAUAUAUCACCAUGAAGACAACGUCACUUCUCAGCAGAUCCAGAAUGGCCCUCACUGAGAACAUACAGUUGAUGCUCUACUUCUUGUUCGGGCUCUUCUCAUAAAAUGGGGAAUUGUUAAAAUUAGGCUAUACCAUUGUUUUAGUCAUGCUAUUAUUUUAAGUUUGUAAGUUAGGUUCCAAUAAAUUAGACCAAAUGAAAAUGGAGUCACCCAUACUAAGUGCCACACACCCAAACUGGAACUGUUGGGAAGCAGGUGAUUCUGAACAGGACAGUUUCUCCCCUAAUAAGAGCAGUUUCCAGUCUGAGUGAGGGCAGUAAGAAGGUCCUCUCGACCUUAGCACUCAUAGAGUAAUAACCUACUGUUAACCAGUGACUAUUCUUGCCUAUUACUCUUUUUUCUUGUUCCUAACUUACACAGCCCAGUGCUCUGUGAUUUCCCAGUGGCAUUUGAGACUAAAUAAGUCCAUUUACAGUGGUGACAAGGUGACAGUGAUGCCAACCAUUCUGCUCAGUCUUUCUCUCAAACUAGAGGAAUUAAGCCUGGGCCCAGGAUGCCCUCACAAAUGGCCUCUGUUCUAACCAUGUUCAAAUAAGACAGCUGUGAACUGUCCACACAGGGCUGUGUCUGUGCCACACCUUUGGGUCCUGCUUGUCACUUUCUUUACUUAGGAUGUAGAAGUAAUGUGCUGCAGGGUACAGUGGGACAUUCUGAGCCUUCUUGGUGCAUUAGGAGCCAUUGCAGAUUGCUGUCCAAUUCUAGAACCACGAAG